AUGUGUCCCGUGCACAGCCUCACAAGUGGUGGCGACCACCACCACUUGUGUCCCACACCUCCGGCCCACCUCAACCCCCAGCCCGAUGUUCUCCUUUCGCCUGGAGUGCUAAGGCACCGAUUGUCUACUGCGCUACGGGAAAUAGAAAAUGUUCUCGUCGAUAUUGAUAGACCCUCUGUCAUCGAUACAGCAGACUUCCAAGGGCAAGCGCUCGCGAUUUCGUCCAGGCUAGGAGGGAAAGAAUACGUCAAUAUCUUCGACACUCUGAUCACCCUGCAGGGUCCGAGCGUACAGGUUCUGAAGACCGUCUGCGUGAUCAUGCAGAGCUACGUGAAGAAGAACAUCCUAAUCAACGAGAACCUAUAUCCCGCGGAGCUCUACGUCAAGGAUCAAGUCAACUUGUUUCUCCUGUCGAUUCUCCUCGAGGUGAAGAAGCGCUACAUCACCUGCGGUCUGUUCCGCGAAGGAUUCGAGAACCUCUAUUACAUGGCUUCGUACAUGUACGGCGUGGAGAAUCAGAUUGCAACGCUGGUCGCAACGGAGCUCUGCAACGUGAUAGUCAUCUUGGAGGAUAUCGCGAACCUCGCCGAAACUUUCAGUGGAGUCUCGGUGACGAACUACAAGAAAGUGAAGGAAUACAUCAAGACGCAAUAUCCGGAGACAGCAACCGACCGGAGUAUUUACUACGGGAAAGUCAAAUAUUUCCGGAUUGAAAAACUACUCGGCGCGGGAGGCUUCGGCGCGGUGUAUCAGGCUUCGAUCGCGGGCGUAGAGUGCGCGAUGAAGCAUGUCCCGCUGCGGCUCCUUCCCGAUCCUGAAAACUCGACUGUCGACAAAAAAGUGGCGUCCCUUAUCAAUCAUAUCUGUCUCGUGAACUACUUCGCUUGUUUCUGCACGCAAGAAAGUUACGUCACGGUCAUGGAGUUCAUCCGCGGCGUGGAUGUCAUUAAACUACUGCGUGAAUGCAGGAAACUUCCGAAAGAGCUCGUCAAGAUAGUCAUAGCUCAGGUCGGUCUGGCUUUGCAACACAUGCACUACAAGGGCUUCAUCCAUCGGGACGUCAAGCCUUCGAAUAUAAUGAUAUCGCGAGGUUGCCGAGUGAAGCUCUUCGAUUUCGACACCGCGAAAGUGUGCUACGGCAAGCACCACAAAAAAUACAUGUUCUACUUCUCACGGAGAACUUCGGGAGAAUUCAAGGACGGUGAAAUCGCCGGUACACUCUCGUACAUGGCGCCGGAGGUUUUCUCGAAGGAUUUUUACGGUCGAGCAACUGAUUGGUUCUCUCUCGGUGUGACCGCAUACGAGCUAGCGACUGGGAGGUUGCCUUUCCGUUUCGAGGACAAAGAAUUCGACGAGCAAAAGGAAAUCAUCCGGAAAGGUCGCUAUUCAUGGCCGAAGGACCACGUGGACUACGUGUUGCAAGUUUUCGUCGAUUACUGUCUCAGGCCAAAGCAACAUCGACUGUGCACGAAACGUUACCUGGAGCUCCUCUUUCAUCCGUACUUCGAAAAUGUCUCGUGGGAGCACGUUGAGAACGGACAGGCUCUCAUGGACUUUGAGCCACUGAACGCGAUGAUCGCGAAUUCGUUCGAUGAGCCUGGAUCGAGUUCUAGUUGUUGCGUGGCUGAUCAGCCGGCUUCGGAAUCGGAUAAUCUAGAGAAAAUAGUGGCAUUAUUCGGAUGGCCGAGUCCGCAAUUCCAUGAUACCGUGGGUCAAAAACCGAUGUUCGUCUACUCUUCGAUGGAGUUCCGUAAACUCAUCGAGUCCAUCAAGAAAAAACAGUCACACGCGAUGGAAACUCUCUACAGACCGCUGGAGCGGGUCUAUACAACAGAAAAUAGAGAGGAUUACGAAUUUGAAGGAUUCUGA